AUGAGUGAAUCUUUUGUUACAAAAGAAUAUGCAUCUGGUCUUAUCUUAUUCGAUAUUCUUGACAAAUCAUCUCAUAUUGGAUGUAUUACACUAAAUAAUCCAUCAAAACGUAAUGCUAUAUCAUGUCAAAUGUGGUUAGGUUUAUCAAAUUUAUUAGAUGAUUGCCUUCUUAAUUAUAAAACUAUACGUGUAUUAAUAUUAACUGGUCAUGGUCAAAUAUCAUUUUGUUCAGGUGCUGAUUUAUCCGAAAAAGAAGAUGAUGAUAUUAGUCAUGCAAUACCAACUAUACGUAUUAAACUUCUUCAAUUUCCAAUACCUAUUAUUGCAAAAAUCAAUGGUUAUUGUUUAGGUGGUGGUCUUGCAUUAGCUAUGAGUGUUGAUAUUCGUAUUGCAUCUCAAAAUGCUUCUUUUAGUAUACCAGCUGUUAAAUUAGGUUUAUCAUGUCCAAAAGAUAUAAUUGAUCGUUUAAUCAAAUUAGUUGGUGAAUCUCAUGCUAAAAUGAUACUUUAUACAGGUGAUCGAAUAUCUGCUCAACAAGCUUAUUCUAUAGGAUUAAUUCAAUAUAUAUGUGAUAAUCAUGAUAAUUUAGAUCAAUAUAUAUUGGAUUUAGCUCAAAGAAUAUCAUGUAAUGCUCCAUUAUCUGUACGUUCAAUUAAAGUAAUGAUUGAAAAUGGAAAUGAUCAUUUAGCUAUAAAAACAGCAAUUGAUGCAUGUCAAAAUUCCAAUGAUAUUAAUGAAGGAAGAAGUGCUUUUCGAGAAAAACGGCAACCUAAUUUUCAAGGUUGUUAA